GUUUAAUUUUUGGCUUCGUACAAAGUUUAUUUUGCAUAUUAAAAAAAAACAUUUUUUUAGAAAAAAAACCAAACAACCAAACAAACAAUGGAUACAUCAAGAUUAUCAAAUGAUUCAAGAAGAUAUUCACAAUCAUCAUCAUCAUCAACAACAGCAACAUCAGCUAUAACCGGUGUUAAAAGUAAAUGGAUUAAAGCAUUUCGUUCAUUAAAAUUAACAGCAGUUGGUGGUGGUAGUGGUAGUGGUUCAAGAAACAAUGAUCUGGCAAAUUUGGAAGCACAACGUGCAUAUCGUAUAUCGGUACAAUUGGGUGUACAUGCAUUUCAAGAAUAUACUUAUAAAAAAAUUACAGCUUGUGAUGUUUGUCGUGAAAUAUUACGUGGCCAUUCACGACAAGGACUUAAAUGUAAAUUAUGUAAAAUAAAUGUACAUGGACAAUGUCAAGAGAAUGCACCAAAAUGUCAGCCUAAACCACGUUUAUUACGUAAACAAAAAUCAGCAUCCGAAUUGGAAACCAAAAUUACUAUACCACAAAUUGAUGAUGAAAAAUAUCAAAAUUAUGAUCCUGUUUAUCAAUCAUUACGUGCUGCUGCUGAUGCACGUAAAUGUGCACAAUUAGUUACUGAACAUUAUUCAAAUUAUAACAGUAGUAGUGGUAGUAAUCAACAAUCAAUUAAUCAUCAUAAUUAUCAUCAUCAUUCAUCAACAUCGAAUAUUAAUAAUCCAAAUUCUGGCAGUAGUAGUGGUGGUGGUGGUGGUAAUCAUAAUAAACAUUAUCAUUAUCAACAUCAACAUAAUAAUAAUAAUAAUCAAGAUUCUGGAUCUGGUAGUGGUAGUUCGGGUUCAAUUUCAAUUAAACAAAAUUAUAAUAAUAAUGGUGGUAAUCGACAACAAACACAUCAACAGCAGCAAGGUAGUAAUGAUAGUCUUCAAACAGGUAGCCAAACAAAUUUAAUACAUGGUCAGCAACCGCAUCGUCAAGAUUUAUCUUGUCAACAACAACAACCAUCAUCAUUAUCAAUAAAAAUGACACAUCGUAAUUCAGAUUCAGAAUUUCAUCAAUCAACAAUUGAAUAUCAUCAACAACAAUAUGGUUCAAUGAUGAUUAAACAACAACAAUCAGAUUUACAACGUUAUCAACAACAACAACAACAACAUUAUAAUAAUAUUAGUGGUACAUCAUCAAUAAAUAAUUCAAAUGAACAAUCACCAAUGUUAACAAAUCGUACAUUACCAAGUAUUGCCUAUUUUAAUACAAAUGGUGGAAAUAGUAAUUUAAUUAAUAAACCAUUGUCCAUUGUUCAUCAACAACAACAACAACAACAUCCAUCAUUAUUAAUGAUACAACAACAACAACAGCAAGCAUAUUCAGCACCACAUAGUCCACAGAAAAAAAAAUUAACAUUACGUAUGAAAAGUUUAAGUUUAGAUAGUCCAGAAUCGGCUGAAACAUUAAAAGAAAAACAACGAAAUUUUUCAACACCACCAAUACCACCAACAUUACAAUUACCACCGCCUAUUAAUCAUCAUCCACAUCAUCAUUCACAUCAUUAUCAUCAACAACAACAACAACUUUUACGUCGUGAUAUGAUAAUCAAUAUAGCCGAUCCAUUAACACAACAACAAUCAAACUUAUCAUCACAGCCAUCUACAGCAACAACAACAACAACAACAUCAUCAAUAACAUCGACAACAUCAUCAUCAACAACAACAGCAGCAACAUUACCACCAACAGUUGGUCUUGUUGGUCAAUCACCAACACCACCACGUUAUGAUUCAAAUGAAUUGAUUAAUCAUUAUUCAACAUUUAAAUCAGCAGCGGCAGUAGUACCAUCAGCAACAACCGCAUCAACAACAUCAUCCAUCCAGCCGCAAUCGCAGCAGCCACCACCACCACCUCCUACAUCUAAUCAACAACAGCCGCAGCCGCAAACAAUAUCGCAACCAUCAUCACUUCCUAUAUCAUUAAAACAACAAUCACAAACACAACCAUCAUCAACCGUAUCAACACCACCAUCAUCAAAUCAAUAUUGUCAAAUGACAAAACGUUUUAAAUUAGGAAUACAUGGUCGUAUGCGUUCAUUUGAACGUGAUGAUCAAAUAUUUAUACAGGAUUUACAAUGUUCACCAUGUCCAUCACCGAAACCACAACGUUUAUUACCAACCAAUAUAUUUGUUGUAUUAUAUAAUUUUCGUAGCCGACAAAUUGAUGAGCUUAAUCUAAGAGCUGGAUAUAUGGUAACUGUUGUCGAUACAACCGACCCGGAAUGGUGGCAAGGAAAAUGUAUGGGAAAAGUUGGUUUUUUCCCAUCAAAAUAUGUAACGAAAUUAUUUCCUGGUGAACGUCCAUUACAAGUAAUACAUACUGUUCAAUUGACUGAUGGUGAAUUUGCAAUUAAAUUACUUCGUGAACAGAUUGUCAUUCAAGUAUCGGAUGAAAUGAGUGGUAUUAUUAUGGUACGUACUGGCCAAAAUGAUAAAAUUGUACCAUGUCCAUCGAAAUAUCUUCAAGAGAUAACAUUUUGAACGA